AUGAGUCAUUGGCUGUCAUUUUGCACGCAAGCAGUGAUACUGGAAGUUAUCAAACCGGUCAAUGCCGGAGGACACACGCUGCAGCGUAUUGUUUUUAAAGUCCUAGGAAAACGAUCAAGAAAUAUUGAUUAUAUGCCAGCGGUUCAGAUUCAGUCGGCGGUUGGACAGCAUACUGGUGGUACUACAACUACUCUAAGUACUGCUAUUGCUGUCGGUGGUACACCACUGAUUUCAACACCAGUUUUGGAUGAAGGUUUCACUGGCCGCUUGAUUGAAGCUGUGAAAGCACAACCGUGUUUAUAUAAUCCUAAUCAUGAACAUUAUGGGAACAAACAUUCUAGUGCGCAGUACAGAAUUCAAGUGUGGCAGAAACUACGUGCUGAACUCGGAUUCAAAGAUGACGCGCACGCGUUACAAAUGCAAUGGAAGAGAAUACGCGAUCGGUACGUACGUGAGCGGAGGAAACGACGAAAUGCUGAUUCGGGUGAAAAUAAUCAGGAUUCCCUUAUCACCAAUCGUGAACGUCAUGCGUCAGGUGGUUCUAAUUGUUCUACUUCAAGCAGUGCCGUUAAUAUGAACAUGUCACCUUCCUCACGACAGUUUACCGAAAUGAUGCGGUGGAUUGAACCAUUUUUAGUUGACAACAUGACAAGUAAUCUUCAUUCUACAUCUACAUCUGUUGGUGCAGUUGCAAGUUCUUCAAGCAUGCAACAUCAGCAGAUUCAAAAUCUUACUUCACAACAAUCUAACAGCAGUCAAGGUCAGAAUGGUAACACCCUGGCAGUGAUUGCGCCAACAGGAAUCAGUAAUACUGGAACAUAUUUUGUACAGUACAAUGUUGUAGGCAAUGUCAAGCAAGAAACUUCUAGUCAAGGAACGUCUGUUAGUUCUGCAGAUGGUAUAACUGUAAGCAGUUAUCAACAAAGCAGUCAGCUCCAAAUGGUAAACACACAGGUUUCUUGUGAGUACAAUGCUUUGCGAGAUCAUGAAUUAUCGAAUGGAUCGAACGGUGACAGGAAUACGAAUGCCAUCUCAACAUCUGCCACAGAUAACGGGAGUCCGUGUUCGUCGACAGCAAGUAGUGAAAUAGACGUUGGAACAUCCGCAACGACAACUUCACAUUCUUGUCAACAGCAAGUUGUUUUGCAACAGCGUCAGCGACAGCCGCUAAGUCAGCAUCCGUCGAGUAUGGUAGUAUUGACUGCCGUUCAAUCGCAGCAGAUGGCAUCAUCUCAACAACAACACCAGCAACAACCCAUCUUGUUACCUAAAGUAGAACCAAAAUCAAGAAUAGGACAGCAGUUACAAACGGCCGAUGGUGGAGUGGUAACAGUCACCGCACGAGGUGUAGCACCGGUGACUAGUGUAAUUAAAAAGGACGUUAACGUCAGGACAAAUGAUGGUGGCACUGUGACAAUGAUCAUUGAUCCGACAACUUUUUACCAGCACGGGUCACAAAAAAUGUAUCGAUUGGUGAAUGUGUCAGAAUUGAAUACCGAUACAGUAUCAGCUAAUAACGGCAUGUCUACAGUUUGUAGUGAAUUGAAGAUAAUGGGUAUUCCACAACGUAGAAAACGUGUUGCAGCGGUUAGUGUACAGGGAAUAUCAAAUGGCCGUGGACAGUUAGGCGAUGAAGUUAUUCUAGAGGAUGGAAUUUCCGAAAAAACUGUUACUAUUGACCAAGGAACAGUACCGGGGAAUGAGAAGUUAAUUAUGGAUCAACGCUCCGCUGCUACAAUUGCGGGAGGCACAAAUGUAGUCUUGGGUCAUAACGUACAACAACAACAGCAACCUUCAUUUUUACCGCUACGACAACAGGCUGGGCAUCGAUUCGUGACACAAGCUGUUUUAGUCGAGCAUCCACAUUAUGCUGUAUUACCAAGCCAGUCGUUGCAAGAAGAACAUGAUGCUAAUCUUGCAUUCGCCAAUUCAAUAGCAAAUUAUUUAUCAAGGCUAAAUGAGGAUGAGAAGGCAGUGGCGAAAAUGAAUAUUCAGCGGAUACUUAUGGAUGCACGUUUUGGUUUGGGUGCUUGCGCACGAAUGAUUCAUGAUGAAGAAUUGAAUGAAGCUACUGCUGCAGCUGUGGUGAGCACUGCUUCCCACGAUGUUGUUUCGGCGCGGCAGCAUGUUGACGGUACUUCACGACGACUAAAUUGA